CAGGAGCGGAAGGAGCAGAAGGAGCAGCAGGAGCAGCAGGAGCAGCAGCAGUCGGGCAUGUCUGUGUGCGAGCUAGUCGCUCUGCUACAGAGGCGAGCCAAACGUGCGGAGAAGCAGGCAGAGCGAAGGAUAGCAGUGCAUGCAGCACAGGCAACACCCGCAGCACUCGCAGCACCGGCAGCACGGGCAACACCUGCAGCACACACAGCACACGAAACGCUGAUUCUUACAAAGGGACUCCUCUCCCAAGAGCAGAAGGAGCAGAAGGAGCAGAAGGAGCAGAAGGAGCAGAAGGAGCAGAAGGAGCAGAAGGACCCAGCAGGUGGGGCAGCGGUGCUAGUCGGGGCAGCUGGGGACCAGUUGGUGAGGCGGAAUGUGGUGGAGAGAGGUUCAGAGGGAGACAGAGGCGGGAAGAGGGGGGGUGGAGGAAGAGAGGGGGGUGAUAUCGGUCGAGGGAAGGUGGGGGGUGAAAGGGUGGGUGGUGGGAGUGUGGCUGGUGGGAGGGCGGGUGGUGGAAGGCAAGGGGUGGGGAUGAUGCGGGGAGGAGGGGGAGUGGAGAAGGGUUGUGUGCGGCGAGUGGUGUUCUGGGGAGAGAAUGGUGUGGGCAGAAGGGGUCGGCUGGGGGGGUUAGUGAAGGGAUGGGUGGUGGAGGGCGGUGGGGAUGGGUGGGGAGGGGGAGGGAGAGGUGGAGGAAGGGGAGUGCGUGGUGGAGGGAUGAGAGUGGGAGUUGCUAUAGGGGGAGGAGAUGGGAGUGCGAAGGGUGGUGGAAGGAGAAGGGAGGCGGAUGCGAGGUAUUCCGCUCUUUCAGAAGAAGAGACCGGAUCAGGUGGGGAGGGAAGCAAUGGGGAGCGCAGGCAGAACGGAAAGGCAUCAGGGGAAGUCUCUGAGGCGGUGUGGGUGCGGAGCGGUAGAGGGGAGGAGCAGGUGACGUUUGAGGCGACUCAGAAGCCUGGGGUGCUAUUGGGCGAAGGAGUAUUGAGAGAGAGGAGCAAGGGGAGAGGUGAGCCGGAAGGGGCUGAGACUGAUGCCGAUUUUACUCAAAGAGCGGCGCAGGCUGGAGAAGGAGGAGGAGGAGGAGGAGGAGGAGCAGGAGUAGCUGUGGAGCACAUGUGCAGUGACGAGGAGGUGAGGAGAGGGGUGGAGGAGCUGAUAGGAGACGUGGUGGGGUGGGUGUGGCGCGAGAGAGAGGCAGAGGAGGCUGGUUGUGUGCGUGGGGAGGGGCUGGGACACUGGGAGGGUGUGCCGCAAGGUGAGAGUGUGCGGCAUGUGAGAGAAGAUGGAGGAGCAGAGUGGUUGGAGGGAGGUGGCGAGGAGGGUGAGGAGAGGGAGCAGGUAGUGGUGGUGGCGGGUGUAGGAGAGAGAGAGAGAGUACUGGGUUGGGGAUUGGAGGGAGGGGAAGGGGAGUGGGGAGAUGAAGAGGUAGUGGGGGUGGGUGAGGACAGUAGCUGCAGUGGAGAAGAGUGGGAGACGGAUUGCAGUGAGGAAGAGGGAGGAGAGAGAGAGGAGUGGGAGGAAAGGGAGGAGUGGGAGGAGUGGGAAGGGGAGGGGGAGUGGAAGGAGGGAGAGGAAGAAGAGAGGGAUCAGGAUGAGGAGGUUCUGGUGGGAGAGGAGAGUGGGGAAGGUAAGCUCAUGCCUGGUGCGAUUGCCGGAUUUGUGGAGGAGGAACGGGGAUGGAGGGAUACUGGAAAGGGGGAGGCAGAAUUGACCGGCCUGAAUGGGAGUUUAUCAGCAGGCAGCGCGGACUGGGUACUGUUGGAAGCAGCGCCAGAGGAGGCAGCGGCAGCAACAGCAGAGACAGCGGAGUCAGCAGCAGGGUUGGGUCACGGUCACGAGGGCGUGGCAGCAGUGGGGGAUGAGAGGAAGGUGCGGAUGAGGAUGCAGCAGGUGGAAGGUGGAGAGGCGGAGCCUGAUCAAGCAGGUCUCAGAGAGGUUGGUGAAAAGAAAGCCUCGGGUCAAUAUGUCGGGUUCAUGGACGUGCCUAUUGUUGGGUUCAUGGACGUGCCUAAUGUUGGGGUUGUGACUCUUUUGGGUGGCGUUGAAGCUACUCAAGAUACUCAUUCGGAUGACCACAUUCACCCGGUUCCUGCCACCGCCUCUGCAACGCACCGUGCUGACCCCAGCCGCAGCAGUUUGCAACAGACAGGAGCGACGCCGCUGCUGCUGCCGGUGGAAGGUGCGCCAGUGGCUGCACAGCUGUCAGUAUCGGGCGCUCUCGGUGCGCUUGGUGUGCUACUGAGGGGAACAAGCACUCCAGUGCUCCUGGAGGGUGCUGCUGCGUCGCUGGAAGCUGCGCCUGCGCCUGUGGCUGCACGGCUGUCUGAUGCUCUUGGUGCUCUCGGUGCGAGUGGUGUGUUCCUGAGAGGAGCCAGCAGCGCUCCAGUCCUCCUGGAGGGUGCUGCUGCGUCUAGCGACCAGAGCGGGUCGCAGGAGAGAGUGCUACGGCUGCCGACCACCAGCAGGCCUCUCCUUGCGCGUGUGACGGCCACGUUCAGCCGCCGUGCGUCUGCCACAAAGCCUAUGCGCCCCUCGGGGUUAGAUCGCACUGUGGACACUAUGAUCACCUGGUGUGUGGGCACGAGACAGGCAUGGGGGAUGGGCGGAUGGAUUGUGGCGUAG